AACUAUAUAGUAUGUUUCCUAAAUGUAUUCAAGAUGAUUGGCUCCUUUCUUACCAGAGGACUCGUGAUGAUUUUUGGCUAUGCUUAUCCUGCUUAUGAGUGCUACAAAACUGUUGAGAUGAAUAAGCCAGAGAUUGAGCAACUUCGCUUUUGGUGCCAAUACUGGAUAUUAGUGGCUGUUUUGACAGUUUGUGAGAGGAUUGGGGAUGCAUUCAUUUCAUGGGUUCCAAUGUAUAGUGAAGCUAAACUGGCAUUCUUUAUAUAUCUCUGGUACCCUAAAACAAAGGGAACAACUUAUGUGUAUGAUUCCUUCUUUAGACCAUAUGUAGCAAAGCAUGAGACAGAUAUUGACCGAAAUUUGUUGGAACUAAGGACGAGAGCUGGAGAUAUUGCUGUUAUCUACUGGCAGAGAGCUGCAAGCUAUGGUCAGACAAGGAUAUAUGAGAUCUUGCAGUAUGUUGCUGCACAAUCAACAGCAAGGCCUCGGCAGUCUCAGCGACAGCAAGGGGCAAGGGUUCCACCAGACAAUGUUGCACCGAAACGCUCAGCAACCACGUCAAAUCAAGUGCGAAUUGAACCUCCAUCAUCUCCAUCUUCAAGCCAACAACAAAAAGAUGUAGCUGAAGAGGUGGGUGCACCACAAGUUUCAAAACUAAAAUCCACAUUUGAAGUUCCCAAUACUCAGAAAGUGUCAAAACCAACAACCGUAGUCGAGGUUCCUAAUACUCCAAAAGGUUUGAAACCAUCAACUUCAUUGGAAGCUCCUAAUACUCCCAAAGGCUUGAAACCAUCAACCUCAAUCGAAGUUCUUAAUGCUCAAAAAGCAGUUGCUGCAGCAUCUGAACCAGCCAGCAGCAGCCACUCUUCACCAUCCGAAGUCGAGCCAAUGUCAAUCGAAUCAAUGCCACCAGUAGUAAACGAUAACAGAAAUCCUCCCCCAAAAGAAACCGUCAUGGAAGAACCCACAAAAGUAACUCGUGCAAGAUUGAGAAAGACCCGUUCAGGUGCUAACCAUUGAAAAGCGGCACAGUGUUUCUAAAUCUCAGUUUUCUUCUUAGCCCCUUAGAACAACAGGAGAUGGAACAAUUGAUCAGUACUGAAUUGCUGAUCCUGGCAUUCAUGUAAAUUUGUUGUUUCUAUUUCGAUUUUAUUUUUUGGACGGUAACCGAUGGUCGGUCUAGUGAUAGUACUUGGUAUAUCUUGCAGUACUUGUCAAAAUUCCAUGGCAUGAUUACAAUGUUGGCAUAAAAAACACCUACUUUGGCUAUCGGUUGGAUAAAUUGUUGAUAUAGCCCUGAAUUCAGGCCUCUGUCCAAAAGUGCUUUUUUUUGCACAAAAGAUUUGUUUAGUUCAAAUCUUUUCUUAGAAGUGAGAUUCUUGAGAAUUCUCUGUUCAACCAUUUAAUUGAAUUCUAA